GCAAAAUACAACAAACCUCCAUCCAUCCAUUUUCUACCGCUUACAACAAACUUGAUGCCGUGAAAUAUUAUAUAACGACAUUCUAUGUAGGAUUACAGUGUUAAAAUACUAAAAUGAUAAAAUCAUUAUUAAACGAUUAUUUUAGUCAGUUGCUGAUUGGCUGAAGGGGGGGGGAUAACGCGGUACCAGUUGUGGGCGUGGCAUUCAUCAGCUGACAGCAGCAUUUAAACAAUCAGCUGUUGUUUGACCGUCCGCCACACAAUCGGGCGUGGAAGAUUAAGAAAAAAAGAAGAAAAAAACUCCAUUUAGUGAGCCAGAAAGGGAGAUGCGAUGUUUUUGUGAACUGCCAUGGAGCGCUGGAAGAGUCAUGUGCGUGCUCGACUGCAACUCAGAGACCAAGCAGAGAAACUUCCUUACCAAGGCGUCUAUACAAGCUUGUCUCAGUUGGAAGAACGCUUUGAAGUUCGCCAGCAGUUUUUAGUCCAGGCAACAAGCUCAGAAGGUGGAGUUAAAGUUGAGAACGUCAGAUUACUUCAACUCAGCCUUCGAGAAAGUGAGCAUCUUGCUGAAAAGCUGUCGCAGACAGUCUCCGACUUGUCCACUGUCCUGUAUCUGAAAGAUGCUGAGCUGCAGCACUGGGAGUCACGUGUGUCCCACCACCGCCAAGAGGCUCUCACUCUGGCUAAAGCAAGAAAUGACCUAAAGGCAACCAUUAACCAACAUGAGUACACCAUUGAGCGUCAGACUAAAGAGCUGGCCGCCCUGCACCUGGAGCAGAGAAGCCUGAAGGAGGCGCUGUCACAGGCUUGGAGCGAGAAGGAGGAUCUCCUGCGGCGGUGGAUGGAGGAGAAGAAGGAAGAGGCAGACAGGCUGAAUAAGUACAACGACGCACAGGAGAGGUGGCAGCGUGUGGCCAGGCACCUGAGGAAGCACCUAUACAGGAAGAAAGACAGUGAGCCCAUCGUGAGCAGCUCCUAAGAGUGACAUUAAAAUGUAUUUUGCAUGCUCAUAAUGGUUGACAGCAGCAUGGUCUGGCUCACAGUCGAGAGGUCCCUGGUUUGAAUCUCACCUCGGGCCUUCCAGUUUGGAGUUUGCAUGUUCUCCACAUGCAAGUUAGGUUCAUAGAAGACUCCUCAUUUAGGCUUAUGAAGGAGUUCAAGUCAGAUCAACAACUUAUAUCAGACGGGUAUAACAGUCUAUGGCUUUGACCGCACUGAUGAUUCAGUAAGAAGUCCUACCUCAUCUAAGUGCCUUGUUUCACCUUAUUACACGUGAUGAUGUCACAGUAUAUUACCCACAAUCAGCCUAUUUUGCAAGGGUCUCGCUGUUAUUAUGAUUUUUUUUUUUUAAUCACAAUGCUAUUUUCCAGGUAAUCUGUCAUUUGUGCCAUUUAUUGAUUUACCACAGGCUAAUAUAAUUUGAGUAACAUGAUUUAUCACCUUUUAACUUGCUUAAAGUGACUGAGAAAAUAUUAUUUUUAAUCCCUUGGUUGUAAUGUAUCUGUAAAGAAAAUUAACUUUUAAACAUGUUUUAAAAACAUUUGCUAAUAAACUUCUCAAUGUUUGUGUAAGAUAUAAUAAGAUACUGUUUGGAUAAUUGUAGAAAUAAAGCCACUAAUUUGCUAAUUUAAUGUUA